UAAUUAGAAGACAUAUGACAAAAAGAUGGCAGCGAUUGCCGACCGCUGUCCUUCGGAUAUAUUGCAAAAAUGGCGCAUUAUGUGAUAUUUUCACAAGAUUUUAUAAUUAUAAGUGAAAAUUUGUGCAGUGCUACAUUGUGAUGGUGUGUUGUUUUACAUGAAUGACAGUGUUAACCGUGUGUAAACAGGACUGCGACUCUCAUCUGGAUAUUGGAUUACACAUAAAAUCAAGUCACGAUGGUGGUGGGGGAGAGCAAGCGGUCCAACAUCAUGGACGGGAUCGAGAACACGGGCGACGUCCGGCUGCACGACCACCGGCUGCGGCUCAAACAGAGAUUCGACAUAGUCCGAAAGCUCGGACAGGGCACGUACGGCAAGGUGCAGCUGGGCAUCAACAAGAAGACGGGGCAGGAGGUCGCCAUCAAGACCAUCAAGAAGUGCAAGAUCGAGUCGGAGGCGGACUUGGUGCGCAUCCGGCGGGAGGUGCAGAUCAUGUCCUCCGUGCGGCAUCCCAACAUUGUACAUAUUUAUGAAGUAUUUGAAAAUAGUGAAAAGAUGAUCCUCGUGAUGGAGUACUGCUCCGGGGGAGAACUGUACGACUACCUCAGCCAAAAGAAAGUAUUACAAGAAGACGAAGCGAGAAGGUUAUUCCGUCAGAUCGCGACGGCCGUUUAUUAUUGCCAUAUACAUAAGAUAUGCCAUAGAGACUUGAAACUGGAGAACGUGUUAUUGGACGACACGGGCAGCGCUAAGAUAGCCGACUUCGGUCUGUCAAAUGUGUUCAAAGAGACGUCACUACUGUCGACGUUCUGCGGGUCGCCUCUGUACGCGUCGCCGGAGAUUGUUAAAGGGACGCCUUACAUCGGUCCCGAGGUGGACUGUUGGUCGCUGGGCGUGCUGCUCUACACCCUGGUGUACGGCGCCAUGCCGUUCGACGGCUCCAACUUCAAGCGGCUAGUGCGCCAGAUCAGCAACGGGGAUUACUACGAGCCCAAGAGUCCUUCCACCGCAUCGCCGCUGAUCCGGGACAUGCUGACGGUGGACCCUCUCAAGCGCGCCGACAUUGUGUAUAUUUGUGAUCACUCAUGGGUGAACACGGGGUGCGAGAGGGGGUGCCUGGAGAUGGCGGAGAUGCUGGCGGCGGAGACGCCGGUGCGGCUCGACCUGCUGCUCUCGCUGGCGCCGCCGCCCAGCAACUCCGUCGUCGUGCCCAACGAGGGUGAACUGACAGCGUCAGAGAGCGGCGCAGAGCUCACAACUUCAGCGUCGAUGGCCAUGGUGGAGCCCAGCAGCUCCGCCGAGAAGAGAAUUCUUGACCUCGUGGCCGAGGGUGGUGAGGACGCGAUCAAGCCGUCGCCGACGCGCACCAUCGUGGCCGACAACAAGCGCAAGCUCGAGCUGGCCGCGUCGGCCGCCGCCGUCGGCAGGAAGAAGGAACGGGUUCACAGUGCGGCGAGUAUCGCGGGCGCUGCUCCAGAGCCGGCGCCGGAGCCCGGCACGCCAGAGGCGGUCCAACCCACCUUAAUAUCAUCCGCCACCAUGACGAUAUCCCCCGCGCCCGCGCAGCUGGCCAAGGACGCCACCCGUGACGUCAUCACCGCGCCCGCGCCCGCCCCGCCCGAGGACUCCCCCCCCGCCCCCGCCCCCGCGGAGGAGGUGUCGGCGGCGGCGGCGCGGCUGACGGGGCUGGCGCUGGCGCCGCCGCCGCUGCCGCAGCCGCCCCAGCCGGCGCUCCACCAGGCGCCCCAGCAGCCUAAACCUAAGAAAUUCUCUAUACCCGGCGGCAAUGUCGGGAGCUUCAAGGAGCAGUUCGAGAGGCGCGCGUCGCUCACGGCGGCGCCGGAACCCAAACGAACCGUCUCCAAACCGGUGUCGAAGAUCGCCAAGCCGAAGGCGCAGAGCGAGGACCGCGAGCUUCAGAAGAGCCCGGACAGUGGCUCCGUUAGACUGCAGCAGAUCGGGAUUGAGCCUUCCCCGGCGUGCGAGCUGCCGAUGCUGGCGCACCGCGGCGGCGUGCAGAAGACGGAGAGCGAGCCCAACCACGGCACGCCCGUCGACGCCGCCGUGCUGCUGCAGGACGCCAGGAGGAGUCUGCAGAACUCGAUGGCCAAGCUGGAGGAGGCCAAGGUGGGCGAGGAGAGCCGCCGCCGCGCCGCCCGGGACAUCAUCUCCAGCGCCAUACGGACAGCCCCGUUGCAUCAUCUUUCUCCAGAUUCUUUGGACGGCAAGCCGCCAGUGCCGUACGGGCGCUCGUCGUCGGCGGGCGUGGCGGCGCUCAGCGGGCUCUGCUCGCCCGCCACGCCCGGCUCGCCCGGCACGCCCGGCACGCCCGGCACGCGGGUGUUCCGCACCGAAGCGCAGCACCGCGUCGAGGACCACCGCCCGAGGGGCGUGUCGGUGGAGCGCAUCAUCCCCAUCGCCGUGGCCGAGGAGGCGCCUGCACCCGCCACCCCCGCCACCGCCGCGCCCGCGCCCGCCGUCAGCCGGCAGACUAGUCACCAACCGUUAAGACGAUUAACGUCAAACGAAUCGACGGGCAGCGCGGCCGAGUCCGUGUCGAGCGGUGGCGAACCGAUCAAGAAGAGCGCCAGGGAGUUCAUCAUACCUAUAGCGGUGGAGGGCAAGGGCUACGUCACACCGCGGCAACGCAGCACCGAGCCCGAGAUGACCCGCAAGCCGCGCAAGCCGAGACGCAUCAGGUUGGAGGGCAAGGGAUACGUCACACCGCGGCAAUGCAGCACCGAGCCGGAGAUGACGCGCAAGCCGCGCAAGCCGAGACGCAUCAGUAUCAUACCUAUAGCAGUGGAGGGCAAGGGAUACGUCACACCGCGGCAACGCAGCACCGAGCCGGAGAUGACGCGCAAGCCGCGCAAGCCGAGACGCAUCAGCAGCCUUGUAAGCGGCGGCGAAUCUGAAGAAGAAGACGACAACCACAUGCAUCGCCUGAGGUCGACGCGCGCGGCGCGGGCCGAGUCGGUGAGCUCGGGCGAGGAGGACGAGGAGGACGAGGGCUUCCACCUCCUCACGGCCGAGAACCUCUUCUCCACGUUGCUUCACAGGGUGCGCGCGCUGACCAACCGGCUGAACGGCGAGGAGGGCCCCGGCUUCCAGCGCCCGCACUCGCUCUUCAACAACCUCGCGCACGACAACUUCUUCAACAGCCCUCACUUACCCAGGAGAAACUUGCUCACUCAUAGAUAUGUGGAAAGUAAACGAAGUGUGUCGGAAACACGCGAGGGGUGGGGCUCGCGCGACCUGCACGCGGACUUCGAGUCGAUGUUCAACAAGCCGCGCCAGCCGCCGCGAGGUAAUAGUAAGAAAACGGGUAAAGACGGAAGCGAGAAUAGCAAAGACGAGGCGCUGGACCUGUCGGACCUGGACCUGAGCGGCAUGCGGCUGAGCGGGCGCGAGCUGCGCGCGCUGUCAGGCCUCACGCCCGCGCUGUCGCGCCGCCUGCAGCGCCAGCUGCUCGCCCAGCUGCCGCCCGCCGCCGCGCAGCAGCUGCGCCGCACGCUCUCGCUCACUACUCCCUCCACCGCCACCUCCACCGCCGCCGCCGCCACGCCGCCCGCCCGCAGCUCCUCCGCCACCGCCGACGUGGACGCGCCCGCCCCCGCCUACUCCACGCUCCCGCGGCUGCGGCGGCCCGAGCCCGAGCCGGAGCCGGCGCCGACCCCGCCCCCGCCGGCCCCGGAACACACCCCUCAGCCUCCGCGCGAGUCGAGCGCCCGGGCCACCCCGGACCGGCCGCUGCUCAGCAAAUAUUUAACUCCGGAGCGCGCUCCCUCGCUGGAGGAGUCGUCGGACGGCGGCUCCGUGCUGUCGGAGCCGGUGGCGCGCCGGCCCUCGCUGCGGCUGACGCCCGACCGCCCCCGGAAACGAGUCUCGCGCUUCCUCCGCCCCGACUUCUUCGACUCGCCGCCCGACGAGAGCGUGUACGCGCGGCAGAAGCGCGAAAAAGAGAUGGAGACGCAAAAGAUCCUUAGAGAAAUUCGCGAGAAAAAGAGCAGAGCGUUAGAGUCGGGCGUGAGAAGCCCCGAGUACGGUACCGUGUCGCCCUCGUUCCGCGAGGAGCCCGUGCUGGCGCGCAAGUGCGUCUCCCCCGGCAUCCUGCUGGGCAAGGAGCGCAGCCGCUCCAACACCCCGUUCUUCCCCAUACUGGACAACAUUAAAGAGGCCGCCCUGGACGCCCGCAAGCUUCCGCAGCUCGCGCCCGAAACCGACAGAAAGACUUACAUUGAUAGUAUUUUAGAUAACAAAUUGACUAGGCCGAAAAGUUUCCCUGUAAAAAAGUUGGAGCCGUUCGAUGAUCAAAGUCGUCCCGCGCCGACGACGGAUGCGAAAGACAAAGAGGAAAGCAAGGAGAAAACUCUGCCGCGGGAAUCUAAACUUAUACGUCCGAAGAGUUACCCCACUAGUAGCCCGUCGCCUGAAAAAACGUACAUGAAUCGCGCCGCCAAAAAGGACGAAACGGUCAACAGUACUAGUAAUCCGGUGAAUGAGGAAACACCUCCGCCGCCUCUCAAUAGUAAAAACGAUGUGGAAGUCAGUUUCAAUAUUAGUUUACCCAGGAAAGCGAAACCUGCUGCACCUGUAAAGACGGAAAACUCUAACGAACCGACCCCGCAAAAAGAACAGACGCCAGAUUCCAAAGAUAGUCCGAGCACAAACCUUGUUCUGAAAAAAUUCGUAGUAGUGAAUAACGAAUGUUCUAGUGAAAAAACAGAUGUUAAAAAUCUUAAAAUUGAAAAUGGUAUAGCGAAUGGCAAUUUGAACGGCAGUGCCAUUAAAGCCGAGCCAAAAACUGACGCGAAACCGAAAGUAGUGAACAGCGCAUCUAAAAAAGAAAUCACGCAAAAAUCUUCCGAAACCGAAGGAAGCGAAAAGAAAGGAACUAUCAAAAAGAAAAUAAUUAAGAAAGUUUCGUCUAAAUCAAAGACUGACGUGGGGAGCGCGGACUCGAAAGAUAAACCCGCCGCCGAAAAGAAAAAAGUCACAAAGAAAGUGAAAGAGAAGGAUCCCGAAAACGGCGCCAAACCGACCGUCACAAAGAAGAAAUCGGUUUUGCAGUCCAUAGGGCACAAGUUGGAAAAGUUUACGUCGUCCAAGUCGAACUCUCCCGAGAAGGUGUGCGAGAACAAAACUAUAAGCGAGGCUAAGAAAGAUACGGCGAAAGUGAGCCGCACGCAGCGGGAGCACUCGGUGCCGGCGAGCACGGAGCCGCCCACCGAGGCCGGCCUCAUCCAGCGCGCCGUCACGCUCGCCGACGUGGCCGCGCUCGACCCGCCGCCCGCCAACAAGACCACCGUCUCCAAGGUCCUGGGCCUCUUCAAAAAGUUCGAACCCAAAGAGAAAGUAGUAAAGCCGCUAGAGAAAACUACAAACGACACAGAGCCGACCAAAGAAAUUAUUCCCGAGAGUGAACCGGUAGAGGAAUCUACCGACGAUAAACCCAAACGACCCACGUCGUUGCUUCUCAACGGUCUGGGUCGAAAAAAGUACGGGAAAACCGGCAGCGACGGCAUCUCCGUAACGAACGAAAACAACGAACAGACAGUACUUAAGAAAGAUGCCGAAACUAAAAAUAAAAAUAGUUUAAAACUGGAUUUCUCCAGGUUGCCAAGAGUUAAGAAAAUAGUUCCUACCGACCCUGUGAUAGAACCGCAAAUUGUGUGCAUUUCCCCCGAAGGUAAAGAGACUGAGAAGGAGGUAGAGAGUAACGGGAGGGGCGAGCGCGAGGACGAGGCGGGCAGCCGCAGCCGGUCGCGCAGCCGCUCCACCCUCUCCAGCUCGGAGCUCAAGGCCGAGCCGCACGCGGAGCCCGCGCACCCGCUGCGCAACCACGAGCCCACCACGCCCGAGCGGGAGGACAUCGUCGACAGAAUACGAAGGAAGAGCUUCUACUCGAGGUUCAACGAAAAGAAACAACGAAGGAAAAGUAAUCUAGUCGGUCCGGGCGCCGCCGAGUACGACCCCAUCGCCGUGCUGCACGGCGCCGCCCACGAGCGCUCCGACCCGGGCUCGCCCGGCAGCCUGGACCUGUCCCCGGGCUACUCCGCCGCCUCCGACCUCUCGCCCUCCGCCGAGCGCUACCGAUCUCUCUUGACUGAUACGCCCGUUAGCACUAGGAAUAACUUAAGAUUUGAUAAUUACGGUCUGAACGAUAAGAUAGACACGUAUCGAUCUCUCGAUAGAAACGAAUUCCGGAAGUAUCCGACGCGAAGUUACCUAGAUUAUGAGCAGCCCUCGUACGGCACGCUGGGGCACCGCUACUCGCGCACCAAGUCGCUGCUGGACGGCGAGGAGGGCGCGCUGGGCAGGGAGGCGCCGCGCUACAGCCGCACGCUGUCCAUGUACUCGCCCGGCAACUACGCCACCUACCGCCCCAAGACCACCAGGAACUCCGCCAUCAUCCUCAAGGAGACCGAGAAGGAACCCAGUCCUGAAAACAUUCUAGAAAGAAUUAGACAGAGGAAAAAAUAUUCCAUUAGCGUCAUUCGCAAACCGGACCCCGACAAGGAACCCUCCCCAAGAUCCGCUGUCCCACCUCAAGGCGAAGGCGACGGUGCAGAACGCGCUGAGGAAGCUCACUGAACGGAACUACUAGCAGUCCUAGCGGCUGCGCUGCGGCGGGACUCGAGCAUUUGUUAACUAUUCACUCGUCAGAUGUACUCUCUGCCACCAAUCUUAUACGGAAUCUCUGGAUGCUCUUUUUCAUUUCUGUGAAAUUAUUUACAAUAUGUCGUUGUCGAGGUACCUUUGUAUUUGAGACUGUUAAGAUUCUUGCCAAUUAUCACACUAUGAAGGAUUUGCACAAGUAUAAUUUAGAAUCUCAGGUGACCGAUGACAAGGGGCUAGUAUAUUAAAUAUCUUAAGAACGGGUCACUCACGUAUUUUAAGUCGAAAUACGCUCGACAUGUUUCACUCCGUACCGAGGAGUGUCAUCAGGAGCUUGCGUUUACGGUGACGGAACUCGUUCUUAAGAUAUUUAAUAUGUCUGUGUCUCACGGAAGUUUUGUUAUUAAAGGGGCUAGUAUAUUAGUUAGCUGUAUGUCCUAAGUGUGAAUAAACAAAAAAUAGAACUUGAAUUCUAAUAUUAGGUACCAAUGUUUUUGGAUAUCACAUAGAUGCUACGUAUUUCAGUAUUUGCUAUACAAGCUUCCAGACUGCGAAUGAACGACGUAAUGUUUUGCCAACAUAGACUCUGUUGAUAUUGACUGUAAAUCGAUUCUUAUGUGCCUUCGUACUAUAACAAAAUGACUGGAUUUGAUAUAGUCAGUUUUAUUCAAAGAGAUUUAAAUGACACGACUUUAGUGUGUGUUUGCACAAAAUAUGUUUAUUCAAUAUUAUUAUGUAUACCUAUUAAUUUUAAUUAAAAACAUCCAUUUACAUUUUACAGACCCUAAGUCAAUUUAAGUUUAAAUGUUAUAAAAUAGUCAUAAAAUAUAUUUGAUUGCUAAGUCACGCCCUUAAAGUAUAAUCGAAUAGAAUGGUGCUUAGUUGAGGUUUUGUUAGAAAUAACUUGUAUUAUAGAGUUUUAUGAGAUCACUUACACCAGCCGUAUUUUAGCGUAAGUUUUACGUUUUCAGUUUAAUAGACAGUUAGGAAGAGUUAGACCAAGCCUAGUUGGCAGCCAUUUUGAUAGCACAGACUACGUCAUAAUUUCAUAGAAGUUUGACGUUUAAAAUAACACUAGCACAAUCUGGGCUAUCAGAAUCGCUGCCGACUUAGCUUGGUCUAACUGUAACAAGUUGUGGGCCACCGCCGGUAUGUAGUGCCGCGACGGCACGUGUUUUAAGCAAUCAUUUUAGACGAUCCAUUUUCAUAUUUUUUACUUUCUCGAUCCUAUUUAUUAAUUUUCAUAGUAUUGAUGAAUUUAUUUAUUGGUGUGUGGUGAUUUUUAAUAUUUUCCUGUUACUCAUAGUCGCCGUAUUGGUGCAACAGAAACUGUGAUUAUUAAGAUAAAUAUUAAAAUUACUAUCACACUCGUUUUGUAUUGAAUGUGAAUAAAUUAUAUAGUUGAAAAA